CAUUAUCUAAACGGGUUUUGUGGUUUUGGUAAAUGAUGAAUGCCAACGGCCAGACAACGCGCCUCACACAAAACCCGGAGAGUACGAAAAAAUCAAAACGGAUACGGAUUGGAAAUCGGAUUCAGAUUCAGAUACAGAGACAGAUUUGGAUUUGGAUUCGGAGUCGGAGUCGGAUCAUCCUCACAAUUGGCUAUCGAAUCGAAAAGAGCAACCGAGAAACCAAGGAGAACGAAUGACGACAAUGCCAAUGGCAACGGUGGUAAACACCUCUGCCGGCACUCCGGUGGUGCCUCGCCGUGCCGGUGCCCGUGCCACAGCCGGAGUGCAACGACGUCGGGUGGUCAAGAAGCACAUUCAACAGAAGUACAUGCUCUGCGGCUUUGCCAUACACGCAUUCCUAGCGACUCCGGCAUAUUUGUACGGAAACGUUGUGGAGUCCGACAAAGAUCUGGUAUUGCGCAUUUGGCCAGCGAUCGUUUAUCAGGCCACUGGCGAAAUCUGUCGCUCCAUCAUGGAGCAUCUGGACACAGAGUAUAGUGGACGGGCUCGCGAGACGACGCAAUAUCGACGCAUCUUUCUGCUGGCCACACUGAUUGCCUGCAUAUCACUCAUGAUUAGCGGCAUCUUGUUCUCAUCCGCCUGGGUUGUGGUCACCACAACCACACAAACGGUGGCCAUUAUCUUCUAUGGCUUCUUUGCGGGCAUUGGUUCCAGUUUGUAUCUGUGGAAGACGCAUGUUAUACUGGAGGCAGUGCGUCCGCGUGAGGAUAAAUAUGUGCGGAAAACAAUUCAUUUGUGUGGCGAGGCAUUUUGCCAGUUGUUCCUAUCCUUUGUCUUCACCAGUCUGCGCACACUUUAUGGCACCGCACAGUCGAUAGUCUUGAUGUCCGCACUGCUGGUCAAUCUGAUUCCCUUAAGCCUCAUCAUUACCAAGCAUCGCGAGGAUGCCUUCAAGACCAAACGCAUCUCGGUGAUCAAAGCGGAGAGCAGCUUCGCAGCAUUGCCGUUGCGUGGCGCGCUCGUUGCCAACUUUGUGGCCGAUCAAUUGGAUGGCCUCGAUGUGAUGGCCAUGUCAUGGCGCAAUCCUGCCACGGUGUCAGAGUUGGCCAGCACAACGGGAACGGCGCCGGUUGCCGCUGUCGCUGCUGCUGUUGUCGAUACGCACAGCAGCUAUAUGCUGGCCACAGAUGAGGCAUACGUGACAUAUGUGAAUCCCAAUGGUGUGGAAAUCAUGGAGAUCAUACCCGAGGAGGAUGAGACGGUGUCCAUGAUGCGUUCAAGCAACGCCACUAUUGACAAUUAUGGCAUCUCGCAAUCCCAAAUGCUGCACAAGUCACAUUCCAAUGGCCGUCUCUACACGCAAAAUCCGCUUAAUCCUGGCACUGGCACCGGCACCGGCAGCUCUUCACCGCUGCCCGAGACCCAUGCGAAUCUGCAUCGCAUACGUCGCAUGUCGCUGGCAGUCACCUCACACUUGUGGUGGAAUCUGCUGGACAAGAUUGCGAUGCCACUGCAGCAUGCGCUGUUCGUGCCACAGCUGUAUGCCACCACGCUGCUCAUCUCGGCGGACAUAUUCAGCUAUGUAAUGUGCCUCACUGUGCUGCCCGGUCUGGCAGUCAGUCAUCAUGCUCUGAAGAACGCCGAGAUACCGUUUCUGUUCUCGCUGCUCGCCUUUCCCUGGAUGUGCUUCUCGCUGAUGACGCCACGUUUUGGUUCAAGUCUCUACAAACGCAAACUGCAAUGGUAUACAUUGGGCAGCAUCUGCAAGUGUCUGGCGCUCAUUUUUAUCAGCUUUUCCACGUCCAAGCUCCUGCUAAGCGUUUCAGCUGUGCUCUUGGGAUUUGGCCAGGUGGUCACCGCAUUUCUGCAGGAGAUGGUCUUUCAGCUUGGCAUGACGCGCGCCAAUUGGACGGCCAUCCGUCGGCCCGUUCACUUCACCAAUGGCCUAUUGAUACUCAUUUGGGGCGCCCUCGCACACUGGAUCGUUGUGCACUAUUCGUUUCAGGCCACCGUUGGCUUGGCUGGCACCUUGUAUGGCGCCACUACAUUGCUGUGGAAUUUUCUAUCUUUUUGUUGCCAGAGCAAGGAUUGAUUGACGAUUAUGUAAAAUCUAGUCAUCAGGAUUAUUAAAUUAAUAAAUACAUUCACGCCUGCGUAAACUUCAUUUAACGGACAAUUUCUUUUGCUCGCAAUGU